AUGGUUACUGUCAAGGUAUUACUCUCUCUUGCUUCUAUUUACAAUUGGCAUUUGACUCACCUUGAUGUCAAUAAUGCAUUUUUGCACGGUGAUCUGUCUGAAGAAGUUUUCAUGCAUCUUCCUCCUGGUUAUCACCGUGAGGGGAAGCCUUUAUUACCUUCCAACACAGUUUUGUAUGUUGAUGACAUAAUAGUUGCUAGUAACAACAAGAUUGUUGUUGAUAAUUUGAAGAAUUCUCUCAACAAAAGCUUCAAAUUAAAGGAUCUAGGAAAUCUCAAGUAUUUUCUUGGACUUGAAGUAGCUAGAUCAGCUAAAGGGAUCCUAAUAAGCCAGAGAAAAUAUGCUCUGGAACUCCUAUCUGAAACAGGCUACUUAGGAUGCAAACCUGCCAAAACUCCAAUGCAACCGAAUAUGCAACUUUCUCAAGAUGAUAGAGAGCUGCUAACAGAUCCCAGCAUGUAUAGAAGGCUCAUAGGGAAGUUUAUAUACCUUACUAUCACCAGGCCAGACUUAACUUACUCGGUGAACAAAUUGAGCCAAUUCCUAAGUCAACCGAGGAGACCCCAUUUGCAAGCAGUCUACAGGAUUCUUCAAUAUAUCAAAGGAUCACCAGGCAAAGGUAUUUUCUUCUCAGCUUCCUCAUCUAUUCAAUUAAAGGCCUUCUCAGAUUCUGAUUGGGCAGCAUGCCCAGAUUCUAGAAAAUCAGUCACUGGAUUUUGCAUAUUUCUUGGAGAUUCUUUGAUAUCAUGGAAAUCAAAAAAGCAAAGGACAGUUUCAAGAUCCUUAGCUGAAGUAGAGUAUCGAGCAAUGGCUCAUGUGACUUGUGAGCUAACAUGGUUGAUUGCCUUACUCAAUGACUUAGGAGUUCCACACACACAACCUGCUUUGUUCUACUGUGACAACCAAGCUGCUCUACACAUUGCUGCAAACCCGGUCUUCCAUGAGCGUACUAAACACAUAGAGAUAGAUUGUCAUAUUGUAAGAGAGAAGAUUCAAACAGGUAUGCUCAAAAUUCUGCAUGUUGCUUCACAACAUCAAUUGACUGAUAUACUUACCAAACCUCUCUUUCCUGAUCAAUUCAAUUAUCUCAUAGACAAGAUGGGAAUGUAUAACAUAUACAUUCCAUCUUGA